ACGAUAGCGGAGGGGGUUGGUGGUAGGAAAAGCUCGGAACGGGGUAGCACACGAGUCCGUUUGAUUGGACGAGAAUGUUUAGAUACAACCGUGGUGGGGAUAGGGAUGAAGCGGGUGCCGCAAAGUCGCGGGCUUAUAUAAACCGGCAACGAAGGAUUCAGAUUCGCAGAGCAGCACUCUCCUUCGUCGAGGAAACCUGGAAGAUCGAAUUCGACGUGUUCUCACGACAGAUUCGUGAAUCGAGAUCGAAAAGUUACGACGCCGACGAUGCAGCAAAGGAUCGUAUUGUUCUGCGUGUUUCUGGUGGUCGUCGGUCUUAUCGUGUCGUCGAUUCCGUCGACCGAUGCUGCACCACAACAGAGCUACUGGGGCCAAUUCGACGAAGAAGAUCCUGAAGCGACGAAGUUGAUGGAGAUCAUCGCUCGACUCGGACACACUAUAAUGCGCAAUCCAGAACUCGAAAACACCAAACGAGGCCUGGAUCUCGGCUUGAGUCGCGGUUUCAGCGGUUCCCAAGCGGCGAAACAUUUGAUGGGAUUGGCGGCGGCGAAUUACGCCGGAGGGCCUGGCCGACGACGCCGUUCCGAGCAACCUUAGAUCGUAAAACCAACGACGGAUUAUUCGCUCGAUAGACCGCCCUUCAACCGAUCAACCACCGACUCGAUCUUCACGAAUGUUCGCUCGUCCGUCGUUUCUUCGUGACUCGUUAAUUGUUUUUUUCUUUUCUGUGUCACUGUUGUUUCGUUUCUACGCGUGCGUGUUAUUAACACGUUCGAACCGAUGCGCAGCCAUGUACAGUGAGAGUCAAAAAUGAGUAUACACUUCGAAAGUGUCAGAUUUAUUCAUAUUUAUUUCUCUCAAUUUAGAAUUUAAUAUUUCUUAUAAUAGUGGAAGAGGACUUAACCGAUCGCAAAUGUUUUCCAGCAAACAACUUUUAACCGCCUUUGCUAUAUAUUUUGGCUCACGAUCUCACUAAAAGAUCCAUCAAUGCACAUACAGCUGAAUUUAAUUUGAAACUAUCGAAAUAUCCAAAUUUGUUCAUAGUAAUAUGAAUAGAAAGAAAUUGUUCUACACCAGAGGUUGCCAUGACACCCCAAACCAUAGUAGUACCCUC